AUGAAUUUCUUCAAAUCCGUUUUCUCCGAUGAUCCAGAUCCUGCUCAAUCCGAACCCAAUAAUGCAGAUCCCAAUCCCGAUUCCGGCGCCGACGACGCUUGGAACUUCGGUGGACUCAUCAAAACCCUCACAUCCAAAUCCGAAUCUAUAAUCGAGACUUAUCGUCGCGAUCUACAGGAAUUCAGCACCGGCUUGAAGAGUGAGAUUGAAGUUGCUCAAGAUUCGGUCGGUGAGAUCGGUAGCACCGUCAUUAAAUCAACGGCUCAGAUCAUAUCUCAAGGUAAGGAAGCCAUCCUUGCUGUUAAUCUCGAUUCAGAUUCUGAUAAUGGUACCACCACGGCGAGUCGCGAUUCGAGCCGAUUGGAUUCGAAGCGAUAUAGUAGGUUUGAUGCUCAGGUUGGUGCUAUUCAGGGGGAUGUGAGUACCUACACUGAGGUGCCUGAGGAUUUGAACGAAUUCAAUGAGUGGAAAUUAGGGUUUGCGUUGGAUGGGAAAAGUGAUGAAAUGGAGAGUCUUUUUAGGGAGAAUGAUGCAAUGGAGAGUAUUUAUAAAAAGGUUGUUCCAAAUACUGUUGAUCAUGAAACUUUCUUUUGUAGGUAUUAUUAUAAGGUUUAUAGACUCAAGAAAGCUGAAGAUGUUAGGGCUAGGCUUGUUAGAAGAAUAUCCAGGGAUGAGGAGGAUUUGAGUUGGGAUGUUGAAGAUGAUGAAGAGGAGAAUGAAGCUAAAGUUAAAACAGAGAUUGUGAUCAAUAAGGAAAUUGAUGCGGAAAAUUUGGGGAAAAGUCUAGGUGCUGAUUUGAAAACUGGUGCCUCUGGCUCGGGUGCUGGUGAUGAGAAGAGAUUGAGUGUGGAAGAGGUGCAGGAUUCAGGUUCUAAAGUAGAAAAGAGAGACAAUUCAAUGCAAAGCAAUGAACAUGGUAAUGAGAUGGAUAAGUCUGUUGAAGAAUCACCAGUUGUUGAGAAAGCUGAAGUUGUUCAUGAGAUGGACGGUGGAAUUGAGGAAAAUAAUGAGGAUGGCGGCGUUGAUAAAGCAUCAAAGUUGGAAGUGGGCGAUGCUGCGAACAAGGAUGGUUCGGCAGCUGUGUCUGAUGAGAAAAUGGUAAUACUGGAAACGAAGGCUUCUGAUGUAAAAUCUCCGGGUAAGAAUAAUGAAUCAUCAGUGGUUGAAAGUCUGCCCAUGGGAAAUGAGGAUGAAGAGGAUCUCGGGUGGGAUGAUAUAGAGGAUCUUAGUGGUAUUGAUGAUAAGAAAGCAGCUCAAUCUGAGAGUCAGAGUGGUAGCACCAGCAAAGUUGAUUUGCUGAAGCGCCUUAGUACUGCAGAGGAAGAUGAAGACUUGAUUUGGGACAGUGAGGAUGAUGACGACGAGUCUGUUAAGCCUUGA